AUGGCUCCUCCUUCAUACAGUGAUCUCGGCAAAGCCGCACGCGACGUCUUCAACACCGGCUAUGUAUUCGACGUGCUCAAGUUAGACCUGAAGACCAAUCAAAACGUAGAAAUCAAGGCUGGUGGUACUCAGCAUUUGGUCUCGGGCGCUGUAAACGCCAAUUUGGAAACCAAAUAUGUGAUUAACAAAUCUAAAUACUUAUUUACAUUGGUUGAGAAAUGGAACACAAAUGAUGUUAUGACUACUGAAGCUUCUAUAAGCGGCUUGUUACCUGGUGUCAAACUUACAACUGAUGGUACAUUUGACCGCAAGAAACAAACUAAGGCUGUAAGAGUGAAGUCUGAAUACAAAAAUGAUUAUGUCUCACUCAACUUGGACACUGAGUUUAAAGCACUGAAACCUGUUAUUAACGCUUCUGGUGUAGUUGCUUACAAUGGAUGGUUGGGAGGUUUCAAUGUUAAAUAUAACACCAACGACAAAUCAUUACAGUCUAACAAUCUUGCUCUCAGCUACAUAGCUAAACAAUUUGUGUUUACCACCACUGUAAAUGAUAACAAGUUGUUUGGUGGCUCAGUUUUCCAAAAAUUAUCUGAUCAAUUAGAUUUGGGUUUGCAAGUUUCUUGGUCAUCUGAAAACAAUGAUUAA